CUCAAAGACGAGGAAAGCUCCCUAAAAGCUCAGCUUCUUUCACUCAACAAACAGUUCCAGCUACUGGUGAAAUCUGCCGCCGAGAUAUAUCCGGAAGUUUUGGACGAAGAAUUUCCUAAGAAGGCCGCUGCCAGGCAACGAAACAGACUUCUUCAUAGACCAUUCAAAAGUCCAGACAGUGACACAGGAAAGGCAGUUGGGGCCACAAGGUCACCAAGCUUUACCAGGGGUAGCUAUAAGUCACAGGAAUCCCCUCUUAGAAGACCGGUGUUUGAUUUGAAACGAUUCCCGCGACGGUACAUAAGAUUGACCAGCGAGGAGGCAGCGGCGCAGAUUCAGGAACAGUUUGAAAAAAGUACUAAUGCAGCUUCGGGGAUUGACGCGAGGAAAAUAAGAAGCUCGUUACCAAAUUCGCCUACAGACGAAACGACCAUAAGCCCUGCGGUCAGUACAGAAACUCCUGACGAUGAACGGAGAAAAAGGCUGAAGAAAAAGAUGUUAGAAUCAAGAAAAGUCGACGUUGUAAACUUGGGUUUGUUUUGAGAUCCUUUUUAAGGGGUUAUCUUCUCACAUCCUAAUCUCGUACCCAGAUCCUACCGUGUAACUAUAAAUUACAUUCGCUUGGCCAUGCAAGGUAUGGGUACGAAACUGUUCACAUCCCUCGACAUUCCCCCCCUACAAAUGCCCCUCCCCUCCCCCCAAAAAAUAGCUCAAGGUAUUAGCCAUUUGGAAGAGGGAGGACGUUUGGGACACCUCUCUUUUAAAUUAAUGACACUCACCAUCUCUCACGUUUCUCACCAUCUCCAUAAAGUUCAAUAAUUGAGCAAAAGAAUACUUACCUUCUUCGACCGCUUAGUUUAUAUCAGGAUGCCAACUAUCUAUUUAUAAAAUGUAGAGCUUAAAGUCAUUCAAUACAAGUAAUGCAUUAGUAUUGUAAGGCAGAUUUGUACAUACGAGUUACGGAGCAAUUUUUAAAUUGAGUGUCAAAAUAAUUCAGAAUUGCUCUGGUUUUACUUUACUUUGCUCUGUGAUUGGUCCAGAAAACUUGCGCCAUCUUGUUAACCAAAACUUAAUUCAAUCGUAAUUGGGUAGCUCACGUUUUCGCGCGGUAAAAAAUGGCGCACAAUUUGGUCAAAUUUUUUCAAGUUAAAUUGGAUCACUACUGUUAUAAUCUUUUGUUUUUAGUGAUCGUCUUGGUAACUUUGGCUCGGAUAAUCAAUACAUAUCAAUACUUAAUUCAAAGAAAAAUAUAUUACGUUAAGUAUACUUUGAAUGCGUCAAGGUUUUACACAAAAAAUAUAAAUAGUAUAAAUAGUAUUGUUCAGCAAAUGACGCGUCAAUUGACAAAAUAUAUCGACAAACGUAAAUAAUCAUGUUUUUGAGAUUGAAUUAAAUUAUUUGUUCAAUACAAGUUUCCCUCUUGUCUUGAAUUAAAUGGAACGAUAUUUGACUGAGUAGAGCUAUUUUUACAGCAGCUGUGAUAAAGAGAUCAAAAUACAAACUGAGUUUGAUGGAAGUUAUUUAAAGAUCUUAAAUAAACUCAGAGAUUAUUUCUAUUGUCGGACUCGUGAUUUCACUAUCUAUCUGAAUAUUUUUAUUAUGCGCGAUAGUUUAAAAGUGUUCUAAUAUAGUAUUUUACAAGAAUCGAAGCAAAUAUUUUUCUCUAAGUUUCUCGAAUGCGCAAAAGAAAUGGCUUUCAAUGUAUUUUGGCUUAGUUAUCCAAGUGAACGAAGAACCGUGUCUUCCUCAGACUAGGCUGCGCGUAGGCUAUAAUUAGCGCUACGACGUGGCAGUGAAGUUGAAGCACGCGAGAAUCGAGCGUGCGAGGUCUGGCAUUUUGUGCCCGGACCUUCUCGGACUUCUCGCGCGUUCGUAUCUCUCCAGGAGGAGAAACGCGUGGGCUUUUCCGCUCUUGUAGCAGCCCCAAUGGAAGCCUGCUUGCAGUUUUAAUACGGUCGUGAAGAGAACAUUAGGAGACAAUCUAGACGAGUACUAGAUUUCUUUUUUCACUUUUAAGAGACUGGGUUCGUUGUCAUUGUGAUUUUGAUCUCGCGUCUGUUACUACGUUCAAAGACCUCGUAUCUUCUUGAUGUCGUCAUACAACAAAACGAAAAAAAAAAACUCCAGAAAUAUUACUGAAUGGCACGAUGCCUUUUUUUUUUUAAUAUAAAAAAAUUGGAAUAUGCACCUUUUGUAAAUUGGCAUCCUCUCGAAUAAUCGCAGUAUCCACGAGUCGAAAAUGAAAUUUUACGAAAUUCAGACGGUUGAUUACCUUGGCCAGAAAAAUAAUUGACGGUUUCAUGCGCUCUUAGAAGCGUCAAGUAACGGAGCAGUUGACACAAGCGGAGAAGCUACGAGAGGUUUAGGACGCAUAACAGUAAUAAUAAACGCACGCGGCCAAAAGCGCACGUCAAAACCGCCAGCUAAGCAAACUACAAAUACUACGGAAAUUUCAAAUCGCAUAGACUAAUAGCAGAUUCUCAUCUCCUUCGUGCGAGUGAAAAACAAAUUAGCCAAAAAAAAAAUUGAUGUUAGCGCGCCGCGCGAAACUUUUCGUGCGCUACCCUCUCAGAGUCUUGCGCAGCGCGCUGAGAUCAGUUUUGUUUUACGCUAAGUUUUUUUACUCUUGUGACGGACCUUCACGCGAAGGAGGGACUACUUGUAAUCUGCAAAUCGCAUGAGACCCUAUUCAAAAUCCAAGGGUGGCCUUGGUCAUUUUUUUUUACAACUUGCUAACAAAGCCCAAUAAAAAGAAGUGUAAAGGCUCGGAUCAACGACAUUAAUGAAGAGGAGGACGAGUUUCAUUUUACUUUUAACUGAUGAUCUCUCAGACGGCGAGCGCUAAUGUUUAUAGGAUCACUAACAACAGACAGUUUGUUGGAAAAUUCGCUUCUUUUACUCAUGAGGUGAUUGACAGAAGAGCACGUUCUGCAAUGGUUGACGUACAUGAAACAAAAGUCUUAAGACAGAAAAUAUAAAUAGAGAUAUUCCUUCAUCGUCCAUUUUCGUCCCUACCCACGCUCCUUACAGGUCUCUUUAAAACACACGUCCCAGGUUCGUCACUGUCGCCCAUAGCAAAGUUUAGAUGUUGAUAUAAUUUUUACCCAAAUUCUGAACAGUGAUAACUCGUACGCGAGACCUUCUCAUGAUACAGUCUUAGCUUUCUCUUUACAGAUAAAAAUAAAUUGAAUUUAUUGAUCAAUAACUAGUUCUCAGGUAGGCCAAGUUAUUAUCUCGUUACUAGAAUCCUCAUUUUCUUGGGUAUUCCGCUGAAAUAGGGUAACGACAACUCUAGAAACCAGAUUGACCGUACAUUGUUGUUAAUAUGCGGUUGAUUAUUAGAUUUUUUCGCUCUAAAACCCCUGAAGAAAACUUCAUUAUACUUAAAAAUAUUCCUCUGAAUUCAAGGACUAAUACGGAUAAUGUCCCUAUUUGCAAGUGCUUAAUGAAUUCAAGGUCGUUUACUACGACAGUACUUAUACCACAACCAUCAAAUUGGGUAAAUGAGUUUUGAAGGCUUGUUAAUUUAAUAAACACUCGUAACUGUGUAUUAAGUUUGCAUUUAUACCGUAUUUUGAUAGAAUAAUCCAAAUUUAUACUUUCUUUUACACCAGGCCUAUUUGCACUGACAUGAAAACAGCUUUAAAAAGUAAACAAAUUUACAAUUUGUACCGGAUCCUCGUUCUCAAGACAUGUAAGUUUUAAGACCACAAAAAUAUCUCCUGACAUCUCAUCCGUGAAAAAUAUCUUAAAAAUGCAUUGUCCUGGAGACGUAAAAACAUAGAAACAAAACACAAUCUCAAGGAAAUGUUUUCAAAAAUGUUCGUUUACCUGGGACAAACCCUUUGGUAAUUGAUUAGUAAUUGGAAUCGAAACGAUGUUUCGAAAGCAGCGGAAAACAACGUCGGAGUUCUGGAAAGCGAAAUAAAACAUUUUGAACGGUUGCUGUGUGACAAAAAUACUUUAGUCUCAAAGAAAGUUAAGUUUAAGUUUGUCUUUAUUUUUAGAAAAUCGUGUUUCGUAAUUAAUAUCAAUCCAAGAUGAUUUCGCUUAUUUUAAAUAUUGUAACUUGCAGUAUUAACAGUAGUACUUGCAGUAUUUUACCUAACAUGGUUGUUCGAUAUCAGGGCUGUAUGUUGAAAUCAAAGCACCAAUCUAGAUCUUAAAGUGCUCUGGGUCAUUCCGGAUUUGCAAAUAAUCAUUUAUGACGUUUUGGUUUAUAUCAGUUUAUCCCUUCAACCCCUAAGAUCGAUAAUGCUUAUUUUCCAAACUGUUUUCCAUACUUUUCCAAUGGUACUGACAGAGAAAAUUUGUUCAGCAAUCAAGAGCUUGUCUGAUGAGUGAUCAUUUCCCUUAUUCUCACGACCAUAAUGUUUGAUUCAACAAUCAUUCUGUGUAGAAGUGAUAUUGUAAGGAGAGUUAAGACAUCAAUCACUCUUAGGGUUUCAGGAGUAAAGCAGUAGAGGUUUGCUACAACAAACACUUGUAAGUAUUAUUUCAAAAACUAAAAUUUAUUCCUUUACGUAUUUCAGUUUUAUCCCGAAGCCAUUAUCGAAGAUAGCUGCAUAACAACGAAGCGACUUUUCGAUUUGGGUGGAGCUGACGACUUUUCUUCCUUAUAAAUGGUAGCUGAAGUAAUUCUUAAACGCGUUUUCCCUUUAGAGUGACGAGCAUCUAAUUUCUCCCUGCGAUAUCAGCCUUGAAUCAAACAUCAAGGUGUCGGAAAUGAGACUAAAGAAUCUGCUAUGUUCCGAAACUUCACGUUUUAUUUUAUAAAAUCAACUUAAUCUCUCUCUCUCUCUCUCUCUCUCUCUCACCGUUCUCUGUCUCACGCUCUGGACUCUCUCAUUUUAAAUAUAUAAUAUGAUCCUAUUGUUCAAUCAUCUGUCACUUAUCGCAAAAAGUCAACCGGAAAUCAAUUAACGCUGAGUAAUCUCUCACAAAGGUUAUGAGAAUAAAGGAAAUGGUCACCAAUUGAAGAGGCUCUUGAUUGUUAAAAAAAUUCUCUUCGUCAGUACCUUAGGAAAUGUAUAGAGAACAGUAUGGAGAAUGUACAUACUGAUGUUGGCGUGUAAAAGGUUUAGGGUAUAGAGUCUGUUUGUACGAACAGUUUUGGUUAAGUUCAAUGAAUAUCAACUCCCUUGAGAGGCAAUCAAAUUUUAUAACUCACUUCACAUAUGCGUGAAAAUUGUUACUAUCCUAUAGAGUUUGCAUACUGAUGUUAGGAUGUAAAAAGGUUUAAAGAGGAGGGGCUGAUUUCAAAACUAAUCAGAGCCUAAGGUGGAGUCAUUGUUUUUCUUCUGAAAAGAGGCCUUAAUCGAAUUAUCAUCUUCACCAAGAACAAAAUGCUCUUUACUGAUGUAUGCAGUAAGCAUGACGAUGAUCAUCAAGAAAGAGAAACUGGCUGAAAAUACACCCUUUAAUAUUAGCCAACCCCUUAGUGCCGUAACCAGGAACUGAAUUGAAAUGAAUACAGAAACGGUCGGAACGACUCAGAUGGAUUUUUUUAACAACUUUAACAACCAAAAUAUCCUAAGUGAUUUCCCUAUCGAAAUUGUUUUUCACUAACGCGUUCCGUACUCGUCAUACUUUCUUUGUUCGUCCAUUGUAUCGUAAGCUUCCAUUAGGAUUCUGGAAGAUACUCUUAGGAAAUUAAAAUUUUAUAUCUAUUGUCACCAAUCGACUCCAUGCUUGUGGCAAAGAACACGCAAUUCUGUCGUGAAACCCACGCGUCAUAAUAGAGCCAGGUGAACCACAGCUGAAUAUUUUCAAACCACUUUCAAUAUUUUCCCAGCGUAUAAUGCUAGCUUGAAUUUUCAUUGCAAGUUUUUCUCGUAAAAAGGUUUGCCGGAAGUUUGUCUUCUCUGUAGGGGGAAUAAGCCAUUAGUUGCACUCUCUAGAACGCCAUAACAACGGAAUGAGUCACGUCUAUUUCCGUUUCAAAGAAAUUGAAAAUUCGUCUUUGCUUAAAGGAAAUAGACGUAAUCAUCUGAAAAUAUCAAUACUUGCUUACAUAUUUGCUUAUGUCAGGUGAAUAAUCUGUUAAUACCGUAAUACUCCCCCACUUUUUCUAAUACUGUUUACGCUCAGGAAAUUUUACAUUGAUUUCCAUGUGUUGGGGCGCGUGCGCUUGUCACGGGAACAAAAAAGCUUUGAGUGAAUACGUCAAAAAAUAUACGCCUUUUUCCUGAAGUUGAAUAUUCUAAGUUUGUUAAAAUAAGAAACGGAGAUACGUAAACGACAAACCACUUCUUAGAGAGACACUCAACACCAAAAUAGGAAUUAUAUUGCCUCGCGAAUUUGAAUAAUGCUGAGGUCAUUGUCGGAUGUGAUAAGGAGAGGUUGUUUGUAAACGGCCCUUCGUCACUGUUCUAAUCAGCUGAAUCAAAUUGAGCUGUUUUGCAUCACAAAGGAUACGAAACUAAUCGUGACAAUAAGGGCAUAAUUAAAACAUAGAGAGACAGAUAAGUUGGAAGGAGAAGAUAUUUACAAACGACUUGUUCAAGGCUAAAAAAACAUCAAGAGAUCAGUCUUGCGUUACAAUAUCAUUGAAUUAACAGAAACUCGAUUUAAUCGGUCAUCGUUCAACAAUUGAACUGUGCUUGUUACUUGGAGAGGGUCGCUGGGUUCUGGAACGAUUUGAGAAUUUGCAUAGAAUUUCACGAGGUCAAGAUCAUACUAUGCCAUCCGCAGAGCCUGAAACGGUGACGAUUGCAAAAGCUGGAGCGGAACCUUGGCCAGAGAUGUCUGCUCCUCCAAACCCUGAACCUCUUCCCGACUGGGAUCUUGCGCUGAGAGAUUGGAAAUAUCUUUGGGAACUUCACUACAUCGGUUUUGGAGUCCUGUUCUUCGGCGUGGCAGUGUUCUCUUGUAUUUGUGUCGUGAAAAUCAAACACAGAGCUAGAGGCAUGACGUUGGCGAAUUACUUUCUUGCUGUCUGUCUGAUGUUAAUGACGUUUAGUGUCUCAAGAACACUGUACCUGUUCCUCGAUCCUUACGAAUCGCACACAGUCUUGGAUCUUCCAGUGUUGUUGAGCAGAAUCAUCUUUGCCAUUGGAUAUCCUUGCUUAACAUCAGCCUUAUCACUGAUUCACUUCGCCUUCCUCGAAGUAAACAAACUUCGACUGAUCUCACGGCGUCUUCAAAAUGUCAAGUUUCUGGUGUCGGUGAUAGCGUCGCAUUUUGUGAUCGUGUUAGUUGUGUAUUUGGUCAUUACACUGGCACCGAAGCUCGCCCGUUUGCUAAUUUUAUGCCAAACGGUGUUAAUUUCCUGGUGGUUCAUUCUGGCAGCGUGCUUCUUGUACAGUGGUUGGAAAGUAAACUGGGAAUCGCAAAUCACAGCCAAGUUCUUCAGCACUACAGUGGUGAAGGAUCGAACCGCUUCAACGCUUUCUUCUGCCUCGCUCGACCCGCAGAGCUACAGUGUCACGGUCGAACAGGCAAAAACUUUGAGCGGUGAUCAAAACAAACCCUCGAAAGGAGCGCAAAAAAUUGCUCGAAUUUCUGGCUUUGUCUCGCUUCUUGCAUUUCUAAACGUCGGAGCAGAACUUUAUUCACUGUUCUCGUUGUACAAACUGUAUGAUUUCGAAGGAGAGAAUGUUGUGGAUCACUGGCCAUGGUGGGGUUAUCAGACAGUGAGUCGAAUUUUAGAUUUUUUUCUCUGUUUGGUAAUAGCCUACGUUAUUUUCCCUUCCACUCAAAUUGAGAAAACGCAAAAACAUUCCGCCUCUUACGGAGUGGACAGUCAUACGAUGCGUGUGAACAAGAACGUGGAAAAAACGGCUGACGGAAUAGACGCAGUAUGA